CACUUCUCAGUCUCCCAUUUCAGCUGCAGCUGUGAACAGAGCAAAUUUUCUCCAUGCAUCUACCAGACCGGAAUUUACAAGCCGUACUCAUAACCGACCUCCAGAACAUGACCUCAACGACUCAAUGGCUGUAACUACCGAAUCCUCCUCAACGGGUCUGCUCAACUUAGAAAAGGAACUCGUCUGCUUCAUCUGCACGGAGAUCCUCUACCAGCCUCUCACUCUCCUUGACUGUCUACAUACCUUCUGCGGUUCUUGUCUCAAAGAAUGGUUCUCUCAUCAACAUCGUAAAGCUCUGCACUCCCACUCCGCCGCCGCCAUCUCCUACACUUGUCCAACAUGUCGUGCCCCUGUCAAAGACGUCCAGCACAAUGCUAUGAUCAACACGUUGUUAGACAUGUUCCUGGCAGCAAACCCGGCGAAGGACAGGUCACUAGAGGAGAAGGCAGAGAUGGCGCAGGUCUACAAACCUGGCGACGAAAUACUUCCCAAGAUCGAGACUCGUAGACGGAGAGAGCCAAGAAGGCGUGAGGAAGAGGAGAUUACGGCGAGAGCGUGGAGGGCACAAGAUGAUGGACAACGCGACAGAAGCAGACGAGAGCGACAAUUACACCCUUCCUCCGCAAAUACCAGACAAGCCCCUCGUUCCACCAGUGGAAGUAGUAGGAGCCGUGAGCGCCGGCAAGGAUUGGACGGCUCGGGAAUGUCUGAACGCCAGGAGAGACACCAACGUCAAACAAGCGCCGACGUCGUGGUCUCACGUCCUCGAACAGGCGGCUCCUCCAGUUCUACAGAUUUAUCAUCUUUGUCUCCGCCGCCCGGCUCGCCUAGACAUCCCGACGCGGUGGAAGCACGUCAAAGAGGCGCACGCACUGUUGCUCACCAAGCUAGCUUACGAUCCCUGGUCAGCGCUUCUGAGAGCGGCACCGGAACUGGCAGUAGUCUCAAUGAAGCGCAGGUGAUGCAAGAGAUUUUGGCUGAAGGCUUGUUGGAUGGCAUCAACGUGGAUGAAUUGACUGAAGCCGAGCAGGAUGAACUUAGCGAGAUCAUAGCUGAGCGGUAUAGGCAGUUGCACCCAGAGAGAACUCGAGGAGCACCCUCCAAUUGGGAGAGCCAUGACAGUCUGGGACAACCAGCAGCGCAGCCAGAAGCACAGACCGAGGAAGCAGAUCACCGUACACGUGGUUCGUCUAGGAGCAGCCAAAGACACGAGGUUCAGCCUAGUCCACGUCGUAAUGUGGUGAUCGGUGGUUUGGGGCAACGACCACCGUCGGCCUUCCCGCAGACAACGACUGAGCCAGCAUUGACAACACCGCAGGAUAGAACCCAUCAACGAAGAACCUCUAAUGAGAGCGGUAGAAGUGAACAGUCAGCGACUAGAGCAGGUCGAAGAUCUGCGACAGAUCUAUCUGAAAGACCCCAGUCCAGCUCGACGGCUUCGGAACGUCCGCGCGGCUUGACAAAUACCAACAGGUCGAAUACUGAGCCGAGAAGUACACCACGAGCAUCUGAAGUCUGGCAAGCUUCUGGCCGCCCACUCGCCAGCCCGCCCCAGAUUGGCUCUCCUGCACCACAAUCUCCAAGGGUCGUAAUGUCAGGCGUAAAUAAUGCGCCGGUCCCUACAACAAUCCCCGGGUCGGAUCCUACUAUAUCUGCGCCUGCGCCAGCAGCAUCCUCGUCGGCCAUGGUUUCAACAAGAUUUGAGGAACCUUCUAUUUCUUGUGCAAGAUGUUCACGACCUAAUAUCCAAUAUGAGGUGCACAGACAUUGCGCUCCCUGCAAUCUCGAUCUCUGCUCGAGGUGUUACAGGGCCGGUCGGGGAUGUAACCAUUGGUUUGGCUUUGGACAUGCCGCAAUAUUCAAAUUUGACUCAUCCCACCCUCAGAGAACAAGUCAAGCUAUUGAAUUACCUCAUCUACUCAUUGGUCGACAAUACCAGACGCCGUCACCAUCAGCUGAGCUACUUUCUGGACAUUCCGCCAUGACAACAUCCGACCAAAACUCUCGUUUACGUGAGGGCAACUUCUGUGAUCGAUGUGGGGCCUUUGCUAAUGAUUGUUUCUGGUCUUGUGAUUACUGCAAUGAUGGUGAAUGGGGCUUUUGCAACGACUGCGUCAACACCAAUCAUUGUUGCAAGCACGCUCUUUUGCCCGUCGCCCACAAGUCAACGGUUCCCAACCCUGCUCUACGGCAAGGAGGACCUUUGACACAGUCGGGCGCCCUCACACUGAAUCCAUACAGUGCUGCUGGAGGAGCUCCGUCACCCGCUCAGAGUGCUCCUUCAAGUGCGACUUCUGCGAACGGAGCUACUUGUGGAGUUCAUCUCGACUUCGUUCCAUUGGCAAUAACAACGAACUGUGACAUCUGCUCAAGACCUAUCUCCCCCGAGGAAAUUCGAUAUCAUUGUCCAGAACAUCCGACACCAUCGGUGGAGAAACCUAACCAGAAGGGUGAUUUUGAUCUAUGCAACAUCUGUUACCUCAGGCUGGUCAAAACCGGGCGCAUGAAGCGCGAAGACGGUCCCGAUGGCUGGCGUUUAUGUCCAAGUGGACAUCGCAUGGUUGCCGUUACGUUCGAAUUUGAUAGUGAUGGCGGCCAGAGGAGAGUCAUCACCCGUGACCUGGUUGGAGGCGCUAAGAUGACCGAGGCAGAUAUGGCUGCAUGGAAGCUUGCGAGAACUCAUCUCGGCAAUACUCAAUCCGCCGACCCAGCUACAGGAGCUACAGGUCGAGGGCAAUGGGUGUGGCGCGAGGACGCGACUGGCACGCGUCGUGCUACUCGUGCAAGAACUGUAUCUCUUCCUGCGUCUGCAAAAUAUCCUCCGGACGGCGGGGUCGGUAAAGUCUGUCGUGCGCUUUGGAGUUAUUAUCCUGAAGAGGGCGAGGAAGGGAAGGGCGAGCUGAUGUUCCCUAAGCAUGCCGAAGUGCGUGAGAUUGAGGAAGUCAACGAAGAUUGGUGGUUUGGAGUCUAUGCUGGAGAUACCGGCGUCUUUCCCGCGGUCUAUGUCAGAGAGAUGGCACCGACAUGAACGUGAGCGCGAAGGUUGGACUUUCUACCACUUCUCACACGGCGGACUAGGGCGAGUUGGCGAGUUCGCAAGUUUUCGACGCAUGGACUGCUCACAGUGCGGCUUUAUGGUCGGGAUCGAAACGGUCUACGUCGCAUUUGUUGUCUUUAUCAACCUGGCCACUUGGAGACGAAGCUAUGAACCACGAUAUUACGACCCUGCUUUCGACUUGGAUACCCAUGGUGGUUCGACAGUACCGACCGAAUUUAGUUUCUGUUUAUAUUCUAUCCUUGUUUUCGGGCCUUCUCCGCUUACUUUCUGUUUCUUGAGAUCGUUCACCAAACCGAUGGCGACGAACAGAAAACACGCUACUUGGUGACUCCUUUUGUUGAGCCUUCUAUGCCUAUGCAUAAGUAUUUAGUCGAUGAGCUUGUUCCAAUUGGAGCGUUGCCACGUACUUGUAGUAAGUUAGUUUCUGCACUUUGGUGCAAUGUAGCUCGCC